AGUCUAAUGAACUGGCCACUGGUAGUGUUCAUUAUUAUGUAAACGGAUGAAUUUUGUCUCAGUAACCAAUUACCGUUCUUCAUAUAGCGUCUAGACUAACAGUAACACACAAUCGAAUAUAAUAGUAUUAUCAGGUGUAUCAGAAGACGAUAUAUGCGGAAGCGAGAUGGUAGCUUUAAGAGUCAUUCAUUGUCAACAAUCUAAAGCCGCGCUUCGAGAGAGGGAGUAUGCUCGUUGUAGUAAUGGACUCUAGGUAGACCAAACGAACAUUCAUAGUGAAAACUUGUUCUAUUUUGUUGCAGAAGAAAAGAUAGAUGGCGUCAUUUAACGUCCUCCUCCUGACGCUCAUCCUGGCGUCACUGGUCGGAGCAGCACCACCUCACAUAGUGCUGAUAGUUGCAGACGAUUUGGGUUGGAAUGACGUCAGCUUCCACGGUUCCAUGCAGAUCCCGACCCCUAACAUCGACCAGCUGGCGUACAGCGGCAUCAUCCUCAACAACUACUACGUCUCCCCGAUCUGUACGCCGACGAGGAGCGCCCUCUUGACGGGCAGACAUCCAAUACACACGGGUAUGCAACAUAGUGUCAUUGCCGGAGACCAGCCCUAUGGACUACCGCUGACAGAGACCAUCAUGCCUCAGUUCUUCCAGCAGCUCGGCUAUAGGAGACACGCCGUGGGCAAGUGGCAUCUGGGAUUCUUCGCGGUAGAAUACCUCCCGACGUUCCGAGGAUUCGAGUCACAUUUCGGAUACUGGCUCGGAUGUGAGGACUACUUCGACCACACAUCUGAGUGCAACUUGGAUCAAUGGGGUCUGGACUUCCACCGUGACGUUCACCAGCUGGACAACUACACGGGACUAUAUUCUACAGAACUAUUCACAGCAGAGGCCGUCAGCAUCGUACAGAAACACAACCAGUCUGAGCCCUUGUUUUUGUAUCUGCCGUACCAAGCAGUGCACAGUGGUAAUUUGGACGCAUUUCCACUUCAAGCUCCCAGCAAAUACGUGGAUAGAUUCCCACACAUAGAGAACAAAAAGAGAAGAGUCUAUGCAGCUAUGGUGUCUGCUCUGGAUGAUGGCGUAGGUCAGGUGGUCCAAGCUCUUCGGGAAAGAGGCAUGUUGGAAAACUCCAUAAUUGUCUUUACGACCGACAACGGUGGUCCAGCCAAUGGAUUUGAUGGGAAUGCAGCCAGCAAUUAUCCUUUAAGAGGUCUGAAAGCGACCCUCUGGGAAGGUGGCGUACGAGGUGUAGGAUUCAUAAACAGCCCAUUGCUCCAGAAGACUGGCUACAUCUCCGAACAGAUGAUGCACGUCACCGAUUGGCUACCGACGUUAUUCCACGCCGCGGGAGGCAACUCUUCCAAGCUGAAACACUUGGAUGGCGUCGACUCCUGGGAAAUGCUCUCAACCAAUGGGAACGCAGUGAGGUCAGAGAUGCUGCACAACAUCGACCCGAUUCGCAAGCAGGGGGGACUCCGAGUUGGAGAUUACAAGCUGCUGACGGGGGAGGUCGGCGUCAGUUGGGAUGGGUGGUACCCGCCGUGGCAGCUGACUCACGACGAUGUCUUCAUGCACGUGGAUAACUUUACACAGUUUCAAGAUCCGAAACGUAUUCACCACAGAGACGCAGCUGAGAAACACGGUCAGGACGUGGCUCUGAAAUACAGAAGAUCAGAGAGUCUAGGGUAUGUGCGGGUAAACUGUGGUCCGAGACCGGCAAACGCUAGCACCAACUGCCAGCCAAAACAGUCCCCGUGUCUGUUCCACAUUCCCAGCGAUCCGUGCGAGUACAACAACAUAGCAGACGACCACCAGGACAUCGUGAUCAAGCUGCUGACCAGACUCCAGGAAUACAGCUACACCAUGGUGCCCCCGGGAAACAAACCGUUUGAUCAAAAUGGAAAUCCGAAACUACAUGACGGUGCAUGGGUGCCAUGGAUACCUUAAAAUGGCAUCAUGUCUAUGUUCCCUCAGCUCUUUGUUCCCUCAGUUAACUCUAACCCUAACUCUUUGGAAAUAUGGAGCUGAGGAAUCCUAACCCUAACCCUGGGGGGAUAUAGAGCUGAGGGAACAUAGAGCUGACCUUAAAUCAAGUCCUAAAAUACAUUAAUUAAUGUCCUAUUGUAUAUUAACUUAAAUCUAUGAAUACCUCAAUUUGUGUUUCUGGACACAUUAAAUAUUAUAUAUAUAUAUAUAUAUAUAUAUAUAUAUAUAUAUAUAUAUAUAUAUAUAUAUAUAUAUUCAUUAUUAUCAUAAAUUAAUUUCAAUGGCUACAUUAAGGCAUUGAUUCAUGUUGAUGAUCCCCAUUUGGGAAAAGAAAUAUGCUUUCCUAUGUUGAUAUAAUUAACAAUAAAUGUCAUUAAAGAUGCUUGAAAAUUCAGUGUUGAGACUGAAAA